AUGGUCGGACUUCCAAGGCGAAUCCCUCCAGCAGACUCGAGUCCCAAAGGGAUUCCACAAAACAAUUCACCUCCUACUCUCAAAAACAUUUCACGCUCAUUACCUUCAAAACGUCGUAUCGCCAACGUCAAGAAGGUUUUGGUUGUGGCCAGUGGAAAGGGCGGUGUUGGUAAGAGUACUGUUUCCGCUAAUAUUGCAAUGGCUAUUGGGAGACGGCCGUCGAUGAAAGUCGGAUUACUCGAUCUCGACAUCUUUGGUCCAAGUGUGCCAAAAAUCAUGGGUCUAGAAGGAGGGCUACAACCGGAGCUAACGAGUGAAAAUGCUCUCAUCCCCAUUCGGAAUCAUGGAAUCUCAUGUAUGUCGAUCGGCUUCCUGCUUCCAUCCACCGGUACUGGUGAAACUCCAGUCGCAUGGCGAGGGAUGAUGGUCAUGAAGGCUGUUCAACAGUUACUCUUUGAUGUCGACUGGCGGGCAGCGAAUCAAUCUCAAUCCGACUCCGACUUGGAUGUAUUAGUCAUUGAUAUGCCACCUGGGACUGGUGAUGUGGCUUUGAGUUUGGGUCAGCUUGUGGAAGUUGAUGGCGCGGUCAUCGUUUCCACACCCCAAGAUAUCGCUCUCAUUGAUGUCUCAAGAGGUGUCAGCAUGUUCCAGAAAGUCAAUAUACCAAUUCUAGGAACCGUACUCAACAUGUCCAACUUCGUCUGUCCAAAUUGCCAGACACCACAUUCAAUCUUUGGAUCUGCCUCACACUUUGAGAUAUUAUCAAAGAAAGUGGGUGUUGAUGUGCUGGGGGAGAUCCCCUUACAACUCCAGAUAUGCAAAUCUGGUGAUAUGGGAAGACCAGUAGUGGGAACAGAUGACCCGUUUGGGAAGAUUGCUGAAAGAUGCUUGAAAGCUCUAGGAUCUUUGUAG